AGAUUUCUAAUGUGCCCUGGAAUGCUUGGAUUUUGUAACGGAUAUUAAAUCAGAAUUUGAGGAAGCAUUGGAUGACAUGAAUAUCAACGGGUAUGUAACCACUUCUGCAUACACAAAUAGAUUUGUGUGGGUUUCUAUUAGUUUUGCAAAACAAAACGGAGGUUGACAGCGCAGAGUGUAUACAUACGGGAAAAGAUGAUAAAUUUUUUAAAGGUUUCUCCAAGCUUUGUAUUUGCAGUGAGGGCUUACGUGUUUAUGGGAUCAUUCGUUGGUUGGUGGUGGCAUAUGCCAUGCCAUGGUGAUGAUAACAGCCAGGGGCGCAAGGUGGUGGCAUAUGACAAUAAUUCCCACAUUAUAUCUGCUCAUUCAAAAGUGCUAAUCAAUCAAUCCAACCAAUUGAAACCAAAAGGAGUAAAAAAAAUUUUAUCGAGGAAGUCCACUUCCAAGAAGAAGAAGAAAAAGUAAAUUUAAGGAAAUAUUAUUUCUUUUAGUUAUUAGUUUUGGGGCUGUAAAAUAAGCUUUUGGUUUAUUUUUUAUUUUUUUACUCUUUUUGUUUAGACGUGGAUGGUUUUUAUUGGGUUUCGGCACACGUAUGAGGCGGAGGCUUAUGGGAAACAGAAUCUGCCUGACACGCAACUUCCCCUAUAUAUAUAUAUAACCCUAAAUAUAUGUACCGAAGAUCGCGUCUGUAAUUUCUUUCAUUCAAUUUGUAAACGAGAAAAGAAGAAAAGCGAUCGAGCAUCCACCCAAGUUCACGUCUUACCUUAAAGAAAAUCUUAAAAAGAAAUUCUAGAUGAAGAUUGUUCAACAAAAUCUCACUCUUAACCAACCAGGAUCAGUCAAGAUCAUCCUGGAAGAACACGACGAUCUAUGGCUUGUUUACAAUCUUAUUGCCAGAGGCGACACGAUCGUCACUGAUACCGCCAGGAAAGUUGUUCGCAACAAAAGUUCUGUCACCAAUGCCAAUAGGAAAGAUUGCUUCCGAGUUCAAAUCAAAAUCGAAAUCAAAAUAACAGAUGUUGAUUAUGAUGAUGAUUCGUCUGCGUUGCGCGUGCGGGGUAGGAAUCUCGUGGCCAAUGAACUCAUGGCCUCUGGCGCAUAUCAUACCUUGAAGAUUGAAAAAAACAAAGAGUUUGAUCUUACAAAGAAAUUAUGGGACUCGGAUGCCAUCGAGAAUUUGCAUAAAGCUUCUGAAAAAGCAUCAAGAGCCGACCUAGCAGUGAUAAUCAUACAAACAGGGUCGGCUCAAGUGUUUUUGAUAGGAAACAAGGUUACAACCCUUUGUGCAAAGAUUGAGGCUUCAAAAACCAAUAAUAAAACCGUCUCGAAUAAGUUUUAUGCAGGGAUUUUUCAGGCAUUUGUAAAGCAUGUGGAUUUCAACACCGUUCGUUGUGUUGUGUUAGGAAGCCCUGGUUCUAUAAAAGAAGAGUUUCGGGGUUAUUUGUUCCAGGAAGCACAAAGGUUGAAGAUGAAAUCUAUAGGAGACAAUAAGUCACGGUUUGUAAUGGUAAAUAUAGGGAACAAGAAUAGUUUGAAAGAGAUUUUGCAUGAUGACCAAGUUAUGGGUUUGAUUAAAGAUACGAAAGCGGUGAUGGAAAUCAAGGCUUACAAGGAGUUUUCGGACUUGCUUUUGACAGAUUCGGAUCGUGCAUGUUAUGGUCCAAGGAGUGUAGAGACGGCACACGAGAUGAUGGCAAUUGAGGCCCUUCUGAUUACGGAUGAUUUGCUUAGGAGUAAAGACAUUGCAUUGAGGCAAAAAUAUAUGGAGUUGGUGAAAUCCGUGAAGAAAGCAGGAGGGAAAGCCAUUGUUUUCUCCUCUACGCAUGUUUCAGGGGAGCAAUUAGCGCAGUUGACUGGUAUUGCAGCGAUUCUGAGGUUUCCAUUGCCCGAUCUUGAUGAACUAAUACUUUAAUUAUUUUUCUCAUUUUAUUUCAUUGAGGUUUUUUUUAUCAGAAACCAAUUUUGUCAAUUUGACCAUGAAUUAAUGGCAAUAUCUUGCUCCCAAUCAAUUACCUGUAUGUUACUGCUAAAUUUUCAUCUGUCUAUAUAUUCAAAUGCGUAGAUUACUGAUUAGUCUCUUGAUGUGCUAAAUUUUCCAUCCAAAGUAUUACUUUCGGAUUUAGUGAAACCCUAUUUUUCAUUUGAUCAUUUCUUAAACUCCAGAAGAUAUUUCUGUAGGGUUUGUUGCAUGUAUUGGUUCCUUAUUCAGUUUUGAAACUUCCCUUGGUUAUUGACUCAUUCACCCUAUCUUUUUUAUCAGUGAAAACUAUUUUGUUAGGCAGCUUCAUUCAGUUUCAAGUUUUGUUUGUAAUUUAUAGAAGCAUCCAGGAAAUUUUCUUUUGAAGUUAUGCAAAGAAUGGGAUAUAUAAUUAUUGCAAGCUGGUGCCUUUCUCUACUUUUAAACUUCAAGGACUAUCAUUGCUCUGUAUGAAAUUUCUUGAAGAAUCUUCCUUUUUUUUUCUUUUUCUUCUUAAUGUUAUAUGUAUGGUUGUUUGGAUUCUAGCAAUUUCUCUACUUUUCUGCUCUGGAAAUUAGUCAUUUCAAGAUUGUAAAAUUUUUGGCCCAAACAUGUUGGGAAAUUUAUGAAAAAAGUGACCCGGUUUUGCCAAGUUUUGAUGUCAAAUAUACAAAUUUGUAUGUAAAGAACUUGGAUCCAGAUAUCACAAAUUAGCUUUUGCAAGAUAAAUUUUCUGAGUUUGGGAAAAUUGCUAGCCUGGUUGUAGCAAAGGAUGAAAAUG